AAAGGAGCGGUAAUGUUUAAAAGUCGCCUUUGGUCCAUCAACUCGCAACCAACAGAAGAAGACAAAUUCACAUCACAACGCUCAUCUAGAGUUGGACAGACGUGUUCCCUCGAUCAAGAAUACAGUUGUUUUUUGGGGUUUUGUUCAAACAAACGAUGGACUUGGAUAAUUUGAAGUAUGCUGAUUUGCGACGUCUCGCUAAAGAAGUUGGGCUCAAGGCUAAUUUAAAGGCUGACAAGCUCCUGAAAGCAUUGAAGCAACAUUACGAACAACAAGAGGGCGGUCUCCCCAAUGCUGAGAAAGACAAGGGAGAUGAGGAGACCACCAAUACUGAGGACCACAGUGUUCCUACUCCCAGUGAUCCAGUGGAGGAAAAAGCAGACUUUGUCACAAAGCGUCGAGGCAGAGGGCAGACUGCCAAAAGGAAGCAUGCAGAUGUUGCAGACAAAGAUGAGUCGACACAGUCACCAAGACAUGUGAAUAGUGAGGAGCCUUUGAGUGAACCUGAGGAGAGACGGAGCUCCAAGAGGAAAAGGACUUCCUUGGAGACCACAGAGGCUGCAGCCCCUCCUGCGGUGGAAAAGGAAAACAAACCAGAGCAAGCAUCUGAACCUGCAAGCAACACAACGCAACAUUCUGAAGCCUCUACAAAGGGAGAAGAGAAGCCUUUGCCACGACCUGGUGGCAAGAUCCCACGACUGAUGAGCAAGGCCAAGGCAGCCAAGAGACCCAUUACACCAAACUUCAAGAAAUUGCACGAAGCCCAUUUCAAAAGGAUGGAGUCCAUUGAUGCUUAUGUUCAGAGGAAGAACAAGACGAUUGAAUCCUUCAGCAACACCGUGAAGGAACUGAAGGCUCUCUCCGAGACCACCGGCUUGAAAUCCACAGAAAUGAAGACCAACCCCAAACCCACUGAUGUCGUGGCACAGGCUAAACCAAAGGUAGGCAGAAGUUCUCUGUUCAGCCCUGCUGCCCAGAAGAAGGAACCAGUGCCAGACAAGCGCAGAGUCACCCAGCUCUCCGCCGGCAAACCAGCACUGAAGGGCAGUGCCAUCUUCAAGCCCUCUGUAACCUCCACUGCUAAGAUCAAUGUCAGGUUCUCCCGCGCCACACAGGACAAUGAACACAAGGGUUCCCUCAUCAAGACUCCAGCUCGCAUGUCUCCUCACGUCACUCUUUCAUCAACACCAGCAAGAAAAUCCACCACAGUCCAAAAGACUGGAGCAAACACUUCAGUCCUCAACAUCAGUAAAACUCCAGCUACUACACCAUUUGUGUUCAGUGGGAACACCAGCGUGUCCACUACGCCACGUGGCACCAAGAAGAAUGCCUUUGACCUCAAGGCCAGCCUGUCCCGACCACUGACCUACAAACCCCACACCGGAAAACUCAAGCCAUUUGGAGAGACUCAGGACAACACACUGAACAAGUCCCAGACCGUGCCUCCCCACCAGCAGAACUACAAGCAGCACAAAGUGCAAACCAGGGAUGAGCGGCGUGUGAAACACACCGAAGUCAGGAAGCAGAAGAAGGAGCAGAUGCUUGGAAGCAGGAGAGGGAUCGUCAUGACCUAACUCUCGCUGCAGCUUCUGGCCUUUUUGUUUGUCCCUGUUCAUAGAAUCUCUGUACAUUUUGCCCUUGACCGCUGUUUUAUUACUGUAUUCCUUUCCUUACGUCAUUGCACUCAUUGUAUAUAUUUUGGCCUUUUGACUGAAAAGAAGUCUUACUCUGUUGCUUUUGCUGCUGACUUGACCGGUACAUUGGGAAGAAUUGUUUUUUUGAUAUUCAGUGCUUUUAUUCUGAAAAUGGUCACAAUAAAUAUGUGGCUAGAGUACA